UGUUAUUAUUAUAGUGCAGAUGCGGGUAAUGGUUUUAGAGUCGUUUCUGUGUAAAUUGUCCACAACAUAGAAUGGGGGAAAAGUGAAACCUAGUUUCUUUUCUUUCUUUCUUUUUUUUUGAAUGAGUUAUUUUUGACGUGUAAAUUUCAUGUAGGCUGUAUAAAAGUAAAAAUAUUCCCACCUUUGUAGAACCUCGAAAGAAAGCUUUCCGUGACCAUUUGGGGGACCUCGAUCCUCAGUUAGGCAACAGCACGCCACACAUUGGGCACGGAGUGGGGCGGUACUGGUGUGUUUACUUCGAGGUGACAGGCGGCAGAUUUUGCGCAAUUGCUGUGGAUGAACUCUACGAGACGGGUAUCGUUCGGGCAUAAUCCGCAAUUUUGCGGAACAGCGUGCAGAGUCCUUGAAGAGUCCUUGAUUUGCAUGUAGCAUGAUGGGAGUGAGUGGGUGAAAAAGCAGUUGGUGUUCAUGGAGCGGAGUCCAGCUGUGAUGUGGACCUGGCUGCUGGGGGCUGGACUCGUCCUGGUGUUUUGCAUUACAACAUCCACGGCCUUCCCCCGACCCCCUCAGCUAAUCGGCUGUGUGUUCAUACAUCGAGCUAAUGUCACCUGCCGCUGGGAGCCUGGAGACACGCCAACAACGAAAUACACUCUGCAGGUUCAGAAGAUAUCCAGCUCUGUAAAAACGACAUUCAGCUGCACCACGCAUGAAACCACCUGCACAAUAGGACUUAAUGGUUCAACUUCAAGGAUUGAGUUUUGCAUCACAGUCACAGCACACAGUGGAAGCGAGAGCUUUUCAUCGCAUCCUCGAUGUCAGCCCGGCAGGACAGAAGUGAUGCUGCCUCCAGCCAUUCUGAACAACGUAACAGAAGUUCGUGGUUCUCCUCAGUGUCUGAAUGUAACUUGGAGCCGCGUAUCAUCGGACUUUCCUGUGUCUAACAAUGAAAUCGAGCAGGGAAAUCUAAAUUCACAAAUUGAAAUAACAGUGACGAAGCAGCUUGAUUUUCAGAUCAGAAAUGUGACAAUGGAAGGCUACUCUGUCCUGGUUUGUCACCUCAGACCUGAUACAGAAUACAUCAUCAGGCUUCGCCACCGUUACCGUGGCCCUGCAAGUCCAUGGAGCAUGUGGAGCAAAGCACUUCAGGGAAGGACGGCAGAAGAUGCUCCAUCUGCAGCACCAGAAUUCUGGAGACAAGUGAAACAAAAUCACAGGAAUGGAUGGAGACUCGUCUCUCUGCUUUGGAAGCCCUUACCUCACUUUCUGGCCAAUGGCAAAAUUAUCUUUUACAACGUGACUUGCCAGACAGAAAGCACUCCAAUCUUGAGUGAUCAUGGGAGCUGCAAAUAUUUGCACCAUUUGAGUACAUCCUGUAGCUUGCUCCUUCCUGCUGGACGUUCCUUCUGCACUCUGACGGCCUCCACCUCUGCCGGCGCGUCACCAAAAUCUAAGAUUUCGCUCCAUGGAUCCUCUGAAACAGAGCCACCAUCCCCGAGCCACAUCACUGCAACUCCUCUCAACGACAGUAGCUUGGAGGUUCGGUGGGUGGCUCUAACUGAUGCAUCUGUGAGCAGCUAUGUGGUGGAGUGGUUUGCGGUGAGAGAGAAAAAUAGCAGCACGCUACACUGGGAAAAGCUGAAUCGCUCCCGGACAUCGCUGGUUAUCACAGAGGGAUUAAAGCCAAUGGAGCGUUAUGCUGUUUCCGUGAGAGCCGUGUAUGGCGAACGAGGAGCAGGGAAAAACACAACGCUCUACACGUACACACGGCAAGGAACACCCUCAGCUGGUAUUGACGUAAAAGUGCAGCAGAUCUCAGGCGGCAUGGUGGAGCUCACCUGGAGUCCUAUACCUGUGGAGCUUCUUCGUGGUUUCCUCCGUAACUACACUCUGUAUUACAGAACCAGAGACCAGCCCGCAAGGAGUGUUUUUGUGCCUGGUCACGCUCGCAGCUACACGCUGCAGAAUCUGUCACCCGGUAACUACGCCAUCUUCAUGCAGGCCAAUACUGAGACUGGCGCCGGAGAAACUGGGACCAUGGCUAAUGUGCACAUACGCUCUGAGGAAAUCUCGGUAGUGAUGUAUGUGGUCGUUCCACUCGUGCUGACGAUAUUGGCGCUGAUACUGAUGGCCUGCCUAGCACAGCAUGGAAUUGUGAAAGAGAAGCUGUGUAAAGAUAUCCCUGAUCCUUCCAACAGCAGCUUGUCCCACUGGGCCCCUAAAACUACCUUGGAGAGUAUGAAUCCUCUUGUGCUGCCGGAAAAGCCUGCAGUCAAAUACUCUGAAGUCAUUGUGCUUGGUGAGCUGGAGAACUCCAGCCUGGAUCAGGACCACAGCUAUCAGGGCGUCUGUAAUCUGCGAACAUAUUCCAGUCUCCGGUCUCCACUUGGCAUUAGCAGAUCAGGGAAAACAUUAACCAGAAGGUCUGCAACUGAUCUUUCCCCCUGCUGCUCAGAUUACUCCAGUGUCAUGUUAUCCAGACCGCUCCAGAAUACUCCCGGGCCUCUUUUGCACCUCUCCUGUGACCAGUACAACUGGCAGACAGCUAACGUCAAUAAUGUUAAGCUGCAGCUAGGUGGAGCCAGCGAGCCAUCUCAAUCACAGCCCAAGGAUGAACACAAAACCUCGCAUCAUUUUCUGCAGCACCAUCAGAUCCCUGCUUCCUUCUCUGACUUAAGCAGUAUAUCUUCUUCCGCUGUUUUACCUUCUCACACAACAGAAAUCAGCUCCCUCAAGCAUCCUUUUUCUCAAAGCAGCUUUAACUCAUUGCUGCAGUCUAACAACUUCCAUCAGCCCACUGAUUCUUCAGAUAAUUUCACUACAUCAUUUUCACAGUUUCUUCCUUCUAUCUUUGUGGAUUUCUCCUACUGUCCUGUGGAAUGUGAUCCUUACAUUUCGUCAACGAUUUAGUGUCAUGGAGGGGAAGUACAUAAUAUUUAUUCAUCAAAAAUGUCAUUAUUAUGUUUUAUUUAUAUGUAAAGACACAUUCAUACAUCCACCUUGUGCUUAUCCAGUUGCCGGGGCGGGUGCUGGAACCUAUUCCGGCUGUGUCAUAGGGCAGAAAGGCAGAGUAAACCCAGUACAGGUCACCAGUCUAACCAUUUACACUCAUGGCAAGUUUAAAAUCACCAAUUAACCUAACCCCAUACAUGUCUCUGGGAGUAAGCUGGAGUACCCAGAGAGAACAUACAAGCUUCAUACAGAAAGGCGCCAGGUGACCAGUGGACUUUAAUCCCAGGAACUUCUUUCUAUGAGGCAAAAAUGGAAACCACUGCACCACCUUGCUGCCUCCUAGUCAUAAAAUAUGGAAAAAAAUGUUGUUGUCAGGAUGUAGUAACUGUAAUGAGUUUAAAGAUGAGUAAGGUCAGCUGACAACGGUCCAGUUAACAUUAGCCCCUUUCAUGCAACUGGGAAUUCUCCAAUGAUGGGAAUGUUCUCAAGCUUUGGCUGGGGAAUCUUUCCCAUCAAAAAUGAUGUGAACAGGAAUCAGUUGCCGUUGACAUUUGACAUUUAUGGAAAUGCACUUAUAUGAGUUCUUCCUAAGAAGGAGAUGAGAACGUGGAUACCACUUUGAUGUUUCUACAGUAAAUGUGAAGCUAUACUCUGCAGAAGCAUAGAAAGUAAACAGAGGGUAACAGCUGGCCUGGCUCUGUAAAGAACACCUUUUUAAUUUGACAAGAUAAAUAUGAGCAGUCAAAGGGAAGAUGGAUUAUUUUUAUAUACAUGUAAACACGCUCAUUUGCGAUUGAUUUGUUACUUUUUUGUAUAUGUUUUUGAGGCAUUAUGAAGUUGGUUUUUUUCUUGUCUUACUAAUAUACACGCCGCAUGUUUUGGCUGUCAGUGCUGAGGAAUGUUAACGCAAACUGCUGCCUGUGUUUUACUGAUGUUUGACUUGGCUGUUAUUUUUCUAUUUUUAGUGAAGUGAUUUAUUCUUGUUGCUUAUAUAGUUGAAAUCAGGUAUUUGAAAGCUUUAUGUGUGUGCCUAUGAAGAAAAAAAAAAGCAUACACUCACUGGGCACUCUUUUAGAUACACAAGUUCAACUGGUUAGUUGAAUUAGCCAGUUCAGUACAUUUAGACACGUAGAUGACAAUCUGCUGAAGCUCAAACUGAGCAUUAAAAUGAGGAAGAAGGGAGAUUCAAAUGACUUUAGUGUGUACGGUUAUUGGUUUUAGGGCUGGGCUGGGCUGGUCUGAGCAUUUCCAAAACUGCUGAUUUAUCUAGAUUUACAGAGAAUGGGCCAGAGAGAAAAAAAAGAAAAUAUUGAAGUGAGUAGCAGUUCUCUAGGUAAAAAUGCCUUGUUGAUGCCAGAGGUCAGAGGAUAUUGGUCAGACUACUUUGAGCUGACAGGAAGGCAACAGCAACUCAAAUAGCCACUAAUUAGAACCAAAGUUUUCAGAAGCAUAUAUCUGAACGCACAGACGUUAAGCCUUGAUGUAUGCAUCAUACCUCAGCAGAAGACCACAUGCCGUGCCAAAAUGUUGCCUAAUCUGAUGAGUUUUGAUUUCUUUUGUGAGAUUCACAUGGCAACAUCAGAAUUUUGAGUAAGAAAGAUAAAAGCAUGAAUCAUUCCUCCAUUAUAUCAACAAUUUAGGCUGGUCAUGGUGGUCUUACGCUUUUUUUGGCACACUGCACAUUGCUUAAUUACCACCUGAAUAUUGCUACUGACGACAUCCAUCCUUUUAUGACCAUCUUCUGGUGGCUAUGUCCAGAAAAAUAACAUGCCAUGUCAGAAAACUGAAAUCAUCUCAAACUGAUUCCUUGAACAUAACAAUGAGUUCAUUGUACUUAAAUGGCCUCUGGUCACAUUCCAGUAGAGAAGCUUUGGGAUGUAGUGGAAUAAAAGAUUAGCAUCAUUGGAUGUGCAACCAACAAAUCUGCAGCAGCUGUGUGAUGCUCUCACGUCAAUAUGGCCCAAAAUGUUUCCAGCACUUUGUUGAAUCUAAAGACCAAAUGAGGCCUAACCCAGCACUAGCAAGGUCUAUCUAAUAAAGUGCCCAGUGAGUGUAUAUAUCUAUAUCUGUAUCUGUCUAUCUAAGUAGGAAGAUAUAGAUUUAGUUAUAUAUAAAAAGGACUUGAACUAGUUAUAAAUACUGUGAACAAAAACUAACUAGACUGUCCAUUAACAGCAUUUCUUAUCUUUCUGGUUCGUUACAGCUAGGCUAGACUCUUCUGCUACAUGUUACCUAUUUUCUGUUACACACCUGCAGUUUGGAAAGUGUGAUCAUGUUUUAAAAAUGUACACGUCUCAGAGUCAGACCCCUCAAAAUGCUGCUGCUGACUCGAGUUUAUCGUUACAGUAGAAUGAGCCAUCUUUGUAACUGUGAAUACUUCCGAGCUUGUUUUUUAUUUGGUUUACAGAAUUUGUACGUUGUGAGAAUUAAAAUAUCGACUUCAAUGUAUGAACCAGAAUUUCAAGGGUAAAAUAUUAAAUUUACUGUGUGCUAA